UUUGCCGGGUGUCUCUAGGUCAGAAUACGGCGUGCGAUUAAGGACAUAAUUGCGCAAGAGUCGUAGUGCAAGGAGUCAGUUAUAUAUCGGUGUCUGAGAUCCUAGAGCUUAUACCUCUCAUACUCUUGUUUGUUCCUAUUAACUCUUGUCCCGUCCAAAUUCCUUUUGUUUUAUCCCCCUAUUCUUACUGUAUCUUUUCAAACUCUUGUCCCUUCCAGUUUGUCUGUACGGAGUUACCCUCACAUUAUUGUCCCAAGACCCCUCACACUAAUCUAUUCGUCUCUUUACUCUCUGCUCUUUUUUUUACUGCCCCAGCCCCGUCUCCUUGCCUUUCACUGACGUUAUGCUCGGUUAGACAUGUUUCCAGGAGUCAGGUCCCUGCGGCUCUACCAGCUUUUCUAUGUCUUCCUCCUGCUCUUCCCUCCUAGCAUCCUUUCGCUGCCUUACCGUGGUCCUACGUGUGGCAUGUCCGGGUGUUCCCCGGGUCCGCCAGUGGUGCUAGUACCUGGAGAUCUUGGAAAUCAAAUAGAGGCAAAGCUGGAUAAACCAUCAGUUGUACACUACAUGUGCUCAAAGAAAACAGAUUAUUAUUUCACUCUGUGGCUGAACCUUGAAUUGCUGCUGCCUCUGGUGAUUGAUUGCUGGAUUGAUAACAUUAGGUUGGUUUACAACAUGACAACUAAAACUACAGAUUCUCCUGAAGGAGUGGAUAUCCGGAUCCCAGGUUUUGGUCAGACCUACCCUCUAGAAUUUCUGGACCCCAGCAAAAGAAGUGUGGGGACAUAUUUCUACACAAUGGUGCAGAAUAUGGUGGACUGGGGAUACACGCGUGACCAAACUGUGCGAGGAGCACCAUAUGACUGGCGUAAAGCUCCCAAUGAGAACUUGGAGUACUUUGUGGCCUUGCAGACGUUGGUGGAAACUAUGUAUGAAGAAUACGGGAGCCCUGUAGCACUGAUUGCACACAGCAUGGGAAAUCUCUACACUCUUUACUUCCUCAAUCACCUGUCCCAGGACUGGAAAGACAAAUACAUACACUCUUUUGUGGCUCUUGGGCCUCCAUGGGGUGGAGUGGCUAAAACCAUGCGUGUCCUGGCUUCAGGAGAUAAUAAUAGAAUUCCAGUCAUCAGCUCUCUUCGAAUCCGUGACCAGCAGCGAUCGGCUGUUUCCACCAAUUGGCUUCUACCAUAUAACAACACUUUUCCAUUGGACAAAGUUUUUGUGAGUACUCCUAAAGCCAACUAUACAAUACAGGAUUUUCAGAGGUUCUAUAAGGACAUUGGAUUCCCGGAAGGUUGGCUUAUGAGAAAAGAGACAGAAGAACUUGUAUCUUCACUGACUCCUCCAGGAGUGUCAGUUCAUUGCCUCUAUGGUACAGGUGUGGACACCCCAGACUCUUUCUUCUAUGAUGCGUUCCCAGACAAGGACCCACGGGUAGUGUAUGGGGAUGGAGAUGGUACUGUGAACGUAGUGAGUGCUCUGCAGUGCAAGAAAUGGCAAAAUCGACAGAAGCAGGUGGUUUCCUUGGUAGAGCUACCAGGAAAUGAACACAUCUCCAUGCUCUCCAAUGUUACCACCAUCUCGUACAUCAAACAGGUCCUGCUAGGAGUCUAGUGCUGCAGUCAUUAAGGGAAGACGGCCUGUCUCUGCAUGGAAGAGUCAUCUUUGGUGGUGGGCAACUAUGCAUUGGAAUCUACAUUAGCAUAAACCAUGUAUAAGCUCCAGAGGACUACAUCUUCAAUGUGGCAUCGAAAGAAGCAGCAGGACACUUAAAUUAUUGUGCUGUUUUUACAUGCAUACAUAACCGUGUUAUAGUGAUGUUUCUCUGAGGAAUUUUUAUUCACUCAGAUUUCAGCGAUAUCCAGAAGUGUUUUUCAGUUAAAGUUCGGUGCCCAGUAUUUUCUCUCCCUUGCAGACUGAUCAGAUUGUAUCCUUACAGUUGCUCUGAUGUUUAUGUAUCCCAUAAUUGUGCUUUAUUGACCAGCCUACAACCUCUCAAUGCUUGUAUGAUGGAAUGUCAACUGUUACACCUCACCUGAAAAGCAUUUGAGGGAAUCUCUGGCCACUAGGUUAUUAAAAUCAAUGAGGUGUCUUCACAUUUCUUAAAAAUAAAGAGCCAAUGAAAAUAUUUCUACUAAUAGGUUCUGAAACCACAGUGUAGAUUAUUUUUUUGUACUUAAAGAUAAAACUGUUUACAUCUAAUAAAACACAAAUCCAGUA